AUGACCCACGGUCCCAUCCUCCCCCCAUCCAUGUUCUUCCAUCGUCUUCCUCCUCGCUUCCAUCUCAUUUUCUCUCUCUCUCUCCCAUCAUUCUCUCUCUACGUACACAUGCACCUCGCUAGCUAGGCUAGCUCAAGCUCAGCCACAGUGUCUCGUCGAUCCAAUGGCCAAGAAGAAGGGCUUCACCUCCAUCUUCUCCAGGCUCCUCGUCGUCACCGGCGGCGGCGAUGACGAACGCGGCGGCGGUGCAGCAGCGACGACCUCGCCGUCACCGCCGCCGUGGCCGUGGCCGUCAUGCGGGAACAGACCCCGGACCGUGUCAUCCAGGCGCGACGGCGGCUGCAGUACGAGCGCCGCGGCGGCGGCGUCGGCGGCUGCCGCGAGAAGGAUUGCCGGCGAGAUGUACAAGACGGUCAACUCCGUCUACUUCGACUACUCCGCCGCCGACGGCUACUCCUGCUUCGACGACGACGACGGCAGGGUGGUGGACGACGACGACGACGGCGACAGCUUCUCCACGACGACCGCGUCGGAGGAGUGGUCGGAGGCGGUCAUCCGCAGCCUCGGCCGCACCUCCACCGACCGCUUCUUCUUCGACCCCGGCCCGCCGACCAACUCCAUCCUCGCCGCCGCCGCCGUGCCGGAGACGAAGCCCGUGGCAGCGGCGGCAGUGUUCCACGACGAGGAGAAGGAGAAGCUGCCGGAGCCGCCGGCGUCGCUGGUGGAGGAGAGCGUGGCGGUGGCGGUGGAGUCGGAGGACCCGUACAGCGACUUCCGAUCGUCCAUGGAGGAGAUGGUGGCGGCGCACGGCCUCCGCCGCUGGGACGCCCUCGAGGAGCUCCUCGUCUGGUACCUCCGCGUCAACGGCAAGCACAACCACGCCCUCAUCGUCGCCGCCUUCGUCGACCUCCUCGUCGGCCUCGCCGCCGCCGCAACAACCACCGGCACCACUCCAACGACGACGACGACGACCAGCAGCGGCCGCAGCACCGCCAGCACGAGCACCGCCUGCGACAUCACCACCACCACCACCAUCACCACCUCCUCCGCAACGGCAACAAUGGAGCCAUGUCCAUGCGGCGGUGGAUCAUCCGAUGAUCUCGAGGAAGAAGAAGAAGAAGCAAGAGUGAUGAUCUCACUGGGAGCUAGCAGCUGCAGCUUAGCACCAAGUACAUUUGCUAAUUCUUGAUUAAUUCUGCUAAUUAAUUUGAUCUUGGUGAUUAAUCCAGCAGAUAUCCUGGAAUUAGAUCUGAAAAAUGUACGUUUUUUUUUGGAAUUUUUUUAGUUUGGUUUUAUGUUUUUUUUUGUCUUGAUAGUAUAGUAUUUACAACCUGGUGCACAUAUAUAGGUUGGAGGGAUCCAAUGUACCAUAUAGAAUUAAUUAGGGAGCUCCAUACUGUAUUAUGAAAAUGAGAUACUAGCUUUGACUUUUCAAUUCAACGGUCUCUAACUUAAGGAGCAAUUCAUCA